AUGGAUCAUGAAUUGAUUAGCACGGUGUUUAGAAAGUACAAGAAGGAUUAUGUAUCAAAAUAUUUACAACAAUGGACAGAAAUAGGACCAAUGAAUCAAAAUGCCAUCUCACCAUUGAAUGAUUGUGAACUAAAAUUAAGUGUAUCUAAAUUUUCAGAUGGUUAUCAGUUUAUUACAUAUGGUAAAGAAUAUACGAUUCAUUUGACACUCCGUUUACGAGGUGGAAUGUAUCAUUUUACUAGUGGUCGACAAGAUUUCGAUAAGUUACCUUACUGUGAUUCAAAAGCGGUUAAAAAUGUUCUCGCAUUCAACCUGAAAGAUAUAAAGCGUAUUCACCAAUUACCAGUAACUGAAUUGCAAAAUUCUGUUUUACAAGGGCAAGCUGUUCUUUCAGAUUUAUUUAAUGAAACCAAAGAGUUUUUUGAAACAACGAGUCUUUUUAUAUCGCAAUUAUACUAA